CUUGUUUUAAGUAUAAACAUAGAUUUUAAAUUUUCCUUAGGAAAGAACAUAUGGACUGUGAUGAUGGACAGAUGGUACAUGAAUCUAUCAGUCCAUUUCAUUCAGAUGAAAAUUCAGAUAUUCUUGUGACAAAAAGCGUCUCAGAAGGUAAUGUGGUUGUACAACCAGAACCAAAGGAGUAAGAAAAAGAUGAUUUCCAAGAGCCCGAAGUAGACACAAAAGUAGAAUGAGAACUAAAAAUUCCAAAAGACAUGUUGGGGAAAGACUUCAUGAGAUCGUGUGUUGUACUGCUUGUGGUCAACAAGUGAACCAUUAUGAGGAUUCAGUGUAUAGACAUCCUGCACUGAAUGUUCUUAUUUGUAAGAGCUGCUACAUAUAUACGAGUGAUGACAUAAGGCAUGAUUCUACUAGACCUCAUAGGCACUGCAGAUGGUGUGCAGAAGGUGGAGAUUUAAUUUUUUGGGAUUUCUGCCAUAAUGCUUUUUGUAAAAAAUGCAUUUGGCGCAAUCUAGGGAAAAAUGAGAUGGCAAAAGUGAUGGAUAAGAACACUAAGUGGAGUUGUUCCGUUUGUCAGCUGGAGCCUUUAUUGGAUUUGGUUGCCAUAUGCGACUGUGUAUUUGAGAAUUUAGCACACUUAGAUCAGCAGUCUAAAAAGAAAAAGUUAGUAAGUGAAAAGAGUGAUAACACAUGUGACCAUUCAGAGAAAUUAAAACAUGGAAGUUGCAAUGAAGAGACACAUCAGGUGUAUAAUCCUUCCUCUGAUGCUGAACCACCCCCUUUUCCCAUAUCACUGAUUCCAAAAGCCUUGGUUGAGAAGACAAAAGCAUUGGUUAAGAACGUGAGAGAAACAAACACUACUUUUCUGAAACAUUUUCAACAAACAUUCCAUUGCUCAGAACUUAGCGAAAGUGAGAGGGACUGUCAGUGUGAAAUUAUGAAAUAUAUGGUAAUGGAGAUAUGUAAUGCUCAGGAGGCCUUGGAAGAUUUUCUGAGUAAUGAAGUAAUUAAAUUGGUUAGAGAGAUGGAAGAAAAUAAUAAAGAGAAAAUGAGAAUGUUUAAAAACAUACUAAAACUCACAAGAUUUCUUUGUUAGGACUGGGUAAGAAAUAUUUCCUUGUUCAUAGCUACAAUGUGAGGGCACCCGCUCCGUCCAACCAGAUUUGUUAUGUUUGGGUACGUGACCCUCUGUUUGCUUUCUGUAUGCCUCCUCUUGUUAAUUGCCAGUCUGCCCUGGUGGGGGGAGAUGCACAGUUCUCCUGAGAUGUGAUCAAAUAAAGGCUUCUGUUUUCUACUUUGAAA